UACAUGGGUAUGACGUCACCAGAGGUCCUUCAGCUCACUAGGAAAUAGUAUCUACGGCGCCGCCAUGUUGCUGUAUGAAGGGGCCCUAGCAUGACCUCCAGCACAAGAAGUGUUGUGGUGCCGGUGACUGCGGAGAACGUGUCUAUAUAUGAUAUCCGAACAAAGUUCCUCGUGUCUUAGAGUGUUGGAGAACAAGCCUUCAGUACAAAGAUGGGUGUGAUAGGAGUGCAGCUGGUUGUCACGAUGGUGAUGGCCAGUGUCCUACAAAAGAUCAUACCACACUACUCUUUGGCCCGCUGGCUCCUUUGCAAUGGAAGCUUAUACUGGUACCAGCAUCCUACAGAAGAUGAGUUACGAACACUUGCUGGAAAGCAGCAACUGAAAGGAAAGAGCAAAAAAGAUAGAAAGUUUAAUGGCCAUAUCGAGAAUAAACCUCUCACUAUUCCCAAAGAUAUUGACCUUCAUUUGGAAACGAAGACUGUUACAGAAGUUGACACCUUAGCACUCCACUAUUUCCCUGAAUAUCAGUGGCUUGUAGACUUCACCGUUGCUGCUACUGUUGUGUAUCUGAUCACUGAGGCUUAUUACAGCUUAAUGGCUCCUUCACAGGAGAUGAAUAUCAGCAUAGUGUGGUGCAUGCUUGUCCUGGCAUUUGCCAUUAAAGUGCUGUUCUCUCUGACAACCCAUUACUUUAAAGUUGAAGAUGGCGGAGAGAGGUCUGUGUGUGUUACGUUUGGAUUCUUUUUCUUUGUCAAAGCCAUGGCAAUUCUUAUUGUGACAGAAAACUACUUGGAGUUUGGACUAGAGACUGGCUUCACAAAUUUUUCUGAAAGUGCUGUAAUAUUUCUUCAAAAACAAGGCUUGGAGUCUCAAGGUCCAGUAUCCAAACUUACUUUUAAGUUUUUCUUGGCGGUGCUGUGCUCUCUCAUUGGAGCCUUUCUAACAUUCCCAGGACUGCGUUUGGCUCAGAUGCAUCUUGAUGCCCUAAAUCAAACAAAAGAAACACUGACACAGUUUAUGCUUCAUAUUAAUUUUUUAUCACCUUUGUUGAUGGUGCUGCUUUGGGUGAAACCUAUUACCAAGGAUUACAUUCUAAAUCCACCCCUGGGCAAGGAAACUGUACCUCUAAUGACGGAGGAUGCCUUUGAUACGGUUCGACUUUGGGUCAUUAUUUUCCUGUGUGGCUUAAGGUUAAUAAUGAUGAGGUACCAUCUACAGGCUUACUUAAACUUGGCUCAGAAAUGUGUGGAUCAAAUGAAAAAAGAAGCUGGAAGAAUAAGUACUAUGGAACUGCAGAAAAUGGUGGCUCGAGUGUUUUAUUACCUUUGUGUUAUUGCACUUCAGUAUGUGGCACCUAUGGUGAUGCUCCUGCACACAACCCUGCUUCUGAAGACAUUAGGUAAUCAUUCUUGGGGCAUCUAUGACUCAAAUUCUCCACUAGAAGCCAUGCAAGGAUCUAGCCCAGCUCUCUCGGAAGUGCCGUGUCCUGAAGAAAAAAUGAAAGCCACAGUUACACAAAUUACCAUGGCACUCGGGGGGUUAAAGAACAUUUUUACCCCGCUUCUCUUCCGGGGACUCUUAUCCUUUCUUACCUGGUGGAUAGCAGCUUGCCUUUUCUCUACAAGCCUCUUUGGUUUGUUUUAUCAUCAGUAUUUAAUAGUGGCAUGAGAUCAACGUGAUAGCAUUUAUACGAAAAGGACCAAGUAUAAGACAAGAAGCUGCAGUGGCCAGAGCACAUAGAUAUCAGCAGCAUCAUGUCUUGUAUCAAUGUUUCCUCUGUAUUCUCAGGGUAAAUAUUGUAUCAAAUCACUGUUGUGAGCUCAAUCUUCAUUACCUCAAUGGGCGAAGAAGACUUAACUGCUGAUUCAUAUAGCUAGAAUUAGGCCACAUGUACAUCAGCCCUAUCGUUGCGCUCUAAAUCUGCAACCUGUCAAAACAGGAAGCUAAUGUAGUGGAGCCCAGUGUGCUCAUUGGUGUUAAUGGGCCUAACAGUAUCUAAUUUUGACUGUGUUGGGGCCAUUUUCUAAACGUAUAUGCCUUAUUUUGACAGCUUGUUCAAGUAGAUCUGGACGAAAGGGCUAAAACGUAAAUGUAGCCUUAGUUUUCAUUCAUAAUUUUUUUUUUUUUUUUUU